AUGGUAUAUCCAGAAACUUUUCAGGCUGUUGGAGUUGUUGACUACGACGAUUAUCACAACCCUAAGCGAUUCGAAUACAAACCACAGAAAUUCCGCGAUUAUGAUGUGGAUGUCAAAAUUGAAGCCUGUGGUGUUUGCGGUUCGGACAUUCAUGCUGCAAGCGGUAAUUGGGGUCGUCCCUAUGCCCCGGUUGCUGUUGGUCAUGAGAUCAUUGGCACAAUUGUUAAAAUUGGGCCUAAGGCCAAGUCCGGUCUUAAAAUUGGUGACAGGGUUGGUAUAGGUGCUCAAUGUGAUUGUGAUAGCACUUGCUCUGCUUGCAAAGAUAAUACGGAGCAGUACUGUGAAAAUUCUGUGGGGACAUACUUUGGUACUUACAAAGAGUCUGGGCUCCAUACAAUUGGAGGAAACGCAUCACAUAUUCGCGUCAAUUCAAAGCUUGCUUUUAAAAUUCCUGAUGAUUUAGAAACCAAGUAUGUUGCACCUCUUUUGUGUGGUGGUAUCACUGGAUUUAGCCCUUUGCUUAAGAAUAAUGUCAAGAAAGGCACAAAAGUGGGUAUCAUUGGCAUUGGUGGUAUUGGCCACAUGACCAUUCUAUUCGCAAAGGCAUUAGGGGCCGAAGUAACAGCUAUCUCGCGUGGAAGAUCCAAGGAAUCUGAUGCAAAACAGCUUGGUGCUGAUCAUUACAUUGCCACUUCAGAGCCUGAAUCUCUUAAAAAGGCAGUGCGAACUUUGGACCUUAUUGUGAGCACAAGCAACUCGUUUUCUCAGACCACAUUGACGCCAGUCCUUAAACUGCUAAAAGCAUCUGGUACAUUUAGUUUCAUCACCGCGCCCCCUGAGAAGGAAAAGAUGGAGCUUAUCCCCAUGGAGCUUAUCUCUUCUGGAUAUGGUGUUCAAGGGUCUAUGAUUGGUUCUCCAAAAAACAUAGAGUAUAUGUUGGACUUUGCAAGCAAACACAAGAUAAAACCAUGGGUCGAGACCAUUGAAAUAAAUGAAAAGAAUCUUGGAGAUGCUUGGAAGCGUAUGGAGGAUGGUGAUGUACACUAUCGGUUUACAAUGGUUGGAUACGACAAGUUUUUCAAAAACGCCUGA